UUUUUUGAGAACCGCCCAUCUGGACUUUAUACAUUCAAGCGGUGAACAGCGUCAACCAAGAAAUUCAGGGAUUACAAGUCUGAUUGAUUGAUGCAUGGUACUUACAGGUUAAUUGAUCGAUCCCUUGGAUGGACCACCGACCACGACGACACACGUACACCAAGUUCGAUUCGGGAUGGCCAGCAGGUUCGGUAAAACCACACGAUCGAGGUCGGUCUGCUCUCCGUCUUCAACUCUCCGUCCGUCCGUCGGAGGUGAAAACAAACGAGCUAUAUAUAUAGCAGAGAUUAGAUGGAUCGUACUUAUCUCAUAACCGCUGCUCCGCAGCGCAUGCAUAUAUUCCGUGAAAGUAUAAGAAGACCUAGCUACCUCCGCCGUCCUACUCUGCUCCUGGGACGGAUCGACAGCUCUCAGCCGGCGACCAUGGCCAAGGCCGCAAGGGCACGAGCGACGCCUUCCCUCAGUGGUCUCCUGGAGGAGAUCGUCAUCUGGGAGAUCCUCGUCCGCUUGCCCCCCAAAGCCCUCCUUCGCUGCCGCGCCGUCUGCCGCUCCUGGCGCAGCGUCACCUCCACCCGUGGCUUUCUCCUCGCCCACCACGCCCUCCAGCCUGCCCUCCCCCUCCUUGACAACGGCGAAUAUAUAGACCUCAUCAACAACUCCAUAGACAUCUGCUGCUUGAACAAUCGGCCAGGUCUUGCCGCCCCUGACCAGCUUCAGUCCGUCGCCUUAUUGAAUCUGGGCGGCAACUUCGCCUACUCUCAUCCGGUUGCCUCAUGUGAUGGCAUUCUCAUUUUCUGCAUCGACGACAACGACUUCUUCAUCUGCAAUCCGGCAACUCGUCAGUAUGCUCCCCUCCUGCUGCCUACGGAUCGUAGGUGGACGCUCCUGGGAAUGUACCCUCACACCCCUACCGAGGAGUACAGACUACUGCUCUACUCGUACAAGCCUAACCCAGACAAUGACGAUGAGCUAGCACCCGGUGGUCAAGUUUCGUGCCAUGUCUUUUCAUUGGGCUCUGACCAGCCACCGAGGCGCAUCGGGUGGCCAGAUGUGAUUAUGCCGGAAUGUGAACAUCAUGUACUAUUCCGUGGUAACUUGCAUUGGUUCCCGUCACAUGAAGACAUUGAAGGCAAGAUGAUAGUGUUGUUCGACACCACAUCCGAGUCGUUCCGAGAGAUGCGUGUUCCCGUUGCCGACUACGCUCACCUGUUUGAGGUAGACGGCAAGCUUGGCAUGACCAUCUUGGAUCUUGCGACGACCAUUGAUAUCUGGAUGUUGCAAAACUAUGAAAGAGAGGUCUGGGCCUUCAAUUGCCGGAUUGAAUUACCUGUCCAGAGAUCAGGGGGCAAACCAAUAAUUAUGACGGUCCAUUGGAUUUGGAUCUGGUGGUCGUGCCUGGGGAUGGUUGUUUAG